UUACUGCCGCCAGCAACAUUUUUUAAAAACGUUUAUUUACCGUAAAUCUUAUAUAGUAUUAUACACGACGGGGGAAUUAGCGCCAGUUCGCUGUUUAUGAGUUUACACGCUUAAAACAACAAUAACAACAGACAGCAGUGUGACAUUUCCUGCGUAGCCACGAUGCCUCUGUCAACCCAGUCGCAAGCCGACGAUGAGCAAUAUGUUUUGGUGGCCAGCAUGGACAAUGCUCGCAACCUGUCCAACAUACUGAAAGCGAUCACCUUCAAAGACCAGGCCAUCUUCAGCGCUACACCCAACGGCCUGAAGGUCACUGUGGAGGACUCCAAAUGUCUGCAAGCCAAUGCCUUCAUCCAGGCUGAGAUCUUCCAAGAGUUCACCAUAAAGGAAGAUCUGGUGGGUUUUCAGGUCAACCUCACUGUUCUGCUGGACUGCCUCAGCAUCUUUGGAGGAAGCACAGUGCCAGGAGUAUCGACAGCCUUGCGGAUGUGCUACAAGGGGUACGGUUACCCUCUGACCCUGUUCUUGGAGGAGGGUGGGGUAGUGACCGUGUGCAAGAUCAACACGCAAGAACCAGAAGAGCCAAUUGACUUUGAGUUCUGCAGUAACAAUGUCACAAAUAAGGUGAUCCUGCUGUCAGAGAGUCUGAAGGAAGCCUUCUCUGAACUGGACAUGACCAGUGAGGUGCUACAGAUCACCAUGUCCCCCAGCCAGCCUUACUUUAGGUUGUCCACAUUUGGAAACUCUGGAAAUGCCCAUUAUGAUUAUCCCAAAGACUCUGAAAUGAUGGAGCUGUUCAAAUGCACCAAGACACAAACCAACAGAUACAAGAUGUCUCUGCUCAAGCCGUCCACCAAAGCCCUGGCUUUGUCCUGUAAAGUCUCUGUGAGGACGGACAUCAGGGGCUUCCUCUCCCUGCAGUACCUGGUCAGGAACGACGACGGACAGAUCUGCUUUGUGGAAUAUUAUUGUUGUCCUGACGAGGAGGUGGAGGAGGAGUGAUUACAGUCCAUUGAAUUCACCUAUAAAUAAGCACCUUAACUUCACUAGGGGCCAGUUGCUUUGAAGGCAGAGGAGGCCUUGCAGCCAGUGGGGACAUCAUGGAUAACAGACCAAGUGGGAAAGUCAUUACAACAUCAACCGGUUCUUCAUUUAAAGCAUUGCUGCUGGAUUUAGUGAUGUCGUUGCCUACAUGGUCUUAUAUACUUGUAUGUAGUUAGACGACUACCAUACUGAGUUCUAGUUUAACAGACAGAUGAGUAUAGUGUUAUUUUGAGACGUUGGCUGUAACUUCAUGAGCCUACAUGGCUUAUAGUGCCUUCAGUUUUUGACGUCGUGUUCCUGAAGCUUCACCUGCCUUUUUUCCGUGACUCGGACAGUUAGCUGGUUGACCGCUCAUAAAGUAAGACGCUGAAGAGAAGACACGUUUUUUAAUUCCUCAAGUUUUCUCUACAGCUCUGCACAUACAUUUGAUUGGUGUAUAGAGCGGACGAUACAGACAUUAUGUUUGAAUUGGUUUAUUUCCAUGACAUAGAAAACAAUUGUAGUCACUCAAAAAGCAAUAAACAAGUUUUUCUUUCCUACACUUACAGAAUAUUUUGUUUUUAAUCAAAAGGGAUGUUACAAUGUUGUAGAGCAGAGACCUUUAUGUCUAUCUGCACAAUCCUCCAAAA